AUGAAACUUGAUCCCGACAAGAAGCAAAAAAGUUCGGCUUUUGAUCUGCUUCAAUCUGAGGCCACUACCUUCCAAUCUAUUGGCGAGUUUAAGAAGGCCAUUAAAAGUUUUACUAAGGCUCUAGACGUGAAACCUGGCGACAAAAAUUGUCUGGUAUCACGUGGUCGGUGCUAUUUAAAGAUCGGUGAUCCGGAAAGAGCUCUCAAUGACUCCAACGAUAUUCAAACCAACGAUCCUCAAUAUGUCAAGAGCCUACUAAUAAAAGCGGACGCUCUCCACGAAAUGAUGCAAUUUGAAUACGCCCUGAUGUUCUACCACAGAGGUUUGAGACUGAGGCCCGAGAUUCACGAGUUCAAACAGGGGGUUCAGAGGGCCCAGGAGGCUAUUGAGAAUUCUAUUGGGGAAAGAUCUGGAAUCGUACUGGACACGAGCGGCGAUCUGACCUACUUUUCGUAUGACCUUGACAUGCAGGUUAAUAAUAAUAAUAAUAAUAAUAAUAAAAAUAAUAAUAAUAAUUUUAAAUCCAUGUGCAAUCCCAAAACCUGCAAGCAACUACUCGGCGAGUUGUACGCUGACAGGGAAUUCCUUGAGAAUUUAUUAAACAAAACAGGUAUUACUGUUUGUUAUUCCGAAGCGAACGUGAUGAUAAGGUCCUUGACCUUGCAGGGCUUGGACUUUCUGGACACUAGGACGGACUUUUGGCUGCAGCAGAAACCUCUGUCAACAAAGAAAAUUAAUUACAACAACAACAACAAUAAUAAAAAUAAUAUGAAUAAUAAUAAAUAUAAUAAUAAUAAUGGUUAUGUUGAUUGGAGGAAUGAGUUGGUUUCUGUCGAAGAUUUACAAAUUAAAGGUGAAUACAAAGAAAGCAUAAAACGUAUUGCGCAACUUUUUGCAAUCCUGUCGAAGCCUACCAUGCGAGAAACUCCGGAUCGUAUGGAAUUAUUCGCUACCCUACACGGAUACCUUGGGACUGCCUACUCCAAUACGAACCAGUUCGAUAGGGCUUUGAAAGAAUUUAAUAAGGAACUGAAAAUAGCUAAGAAAAAUGACCUAACUAACUGCAAGAUGGAUGGGCUGGAUAACAUCGGGAGGAUAUACGUCAAGUGGAAGAAAUACGAUGACGCCAUUAAAUGCUUCAAAAAGCUUUCGAAAAUCUCCGACUCGACUGAAAAAAUCUGGCUCUAUCACGAAAUUGGAAGGUGCUAUCUCGAAAAAGAGGCUAAAAACGAAAUGGCGGGAAAAUAUGGCAAAAAGUCGCUGAGAUUAGCUCGAUACGAACUCGAUGAUGUCUGGACGCUGAACGCGAUGGUUCUUAUUGGAGAGUCAUUUGAAAACCGCCAAAGAUACAAAAACGCCCUUAAAUCGUACCAGGGCGCGCUGACGACGGCCGAAAAUUUGAAUGACGUCAUAGCGGAAGAGGCUCUCGCUAAAAAGAUCAAAGAUAUUAAAGAUAAAAUAACUAUCGACGGCGAUAAUGAUGAUGAAGAAGAAGAACCGGAAGAAGAGAAAGAUGACGAUGAUGACGACGACGAUGACGAUAGUGAUGAUGGCGUUGGCAGCUGUGAAUCCAUCACAUCCGGUUUGUUAUCUUUAGUAUAUUUGGUGUUUUUUUUAAUAAUUAUUGACGAUGAUUUUCAAUUUCAUUAA